AUGAUGAGGAAAGCCGGUGAUGUCACUUAUGCGGAUGCGCACAAAUCCGCGCGUAACGAUGGCAUAGUUAAGUUUUCAUCAUAUGCUGACAUGAAGGAAGCCAUUGAAAAGUUUGACGGAUACGAGCUUUACGGCCGUCGACUGCGUGUUUACGAGGAUCGUCCCAAUCGACACUCAAGGUCCGGUUCCCAAGGUCGCUCACGCUCUGAUAGCAUCGGAAGGAAGCGUGCUGCUCGCUCUAGAAGUCGCGAAUCGUAUCGUCGCCAGAAAGCACAUUCCCCACGUAGACGACGAGAACGAUCGGUCUCAAGUAAAAGGCGUCGCUCCGUUUCUCGGGAUGGUCGUGAUUCAUCAAGCAGAUCGAAGGAAUUGUCGGUGGAGCAUCGGUCUCGCAGUCCAUCGCACCGUUCUGAGUCUCAUUCUUCCCGCAAACGCUCCGCUUCGCACCACACUGAGAAAAAUUCACCGAUGGCUGAGUCCCGCUCCCCAAGUCGUAACGGAACUGAUGACAGCAUUAAAAACGAAUCGGAAAUAAUAUCCCGCUCAAGGACUCGUUCGCGUUCGGCGUCAGCUUCGCGCUCAAGAAGCCGGUCUCGAUCCGCUGAUUCCCGCAGCCCUGACCGGUCACGUUCCGUCAGCCGCUCCCGCUCUGGAUCUCGAAGAAGCGUAUCCGCUGAAAGACAUCAAUCGGACGAAGAAGAAAUGGACAGCAGUAGGAGAAGUGACGACGAAAGGGAUGAAACCGGGCGUGAAUCAGAAGACUAACGGAUUCGCAUUUUUCUCGCAUUCAUUUUAUGAGCCCCGUGUUGUCAAUCCAUAUUAAUCUUCUUAGCCUUAGCUUGUGUCCUUUGCGUCGGGUAAUGGCACUUAUCUAUGUAUGCUAUGGCCCUCCCAUUCCUGUAUUCUGUGCUUUGUACAUUAUUGCUAAUCGCUGUCCAUCGGGUUGCGAUAUUUUUGUAGUAGGUCGUGUGGCUAUGGCACUUGACCUGAGAACGCCGG